CACUUUUUGCCGUUAUUAGAGUGGUUCUGAUUACGGGCUCCAAUAUUUGACAUUGGAGAAGUUUCGCUGACGUUGACGCUAUCUUCAUCCUUUGCCGUCUGGAGCGCUGUUACAUCAAACGAUAGGGUGGCGUUUUCCUUGCUCCGCCUUCGUUAACAAUAGAAAAACGUUAGGUGUGAAAUCAUUUUCGUAGUCAAAACGCAGUAGGCGCCUAAUGUAGAAGCCAUUUUCCUUGGUCGUGUUUGAUUGUUAUUCCAAUCCAAGUUUUCUUAAUUUACUUAACCUUAGACAAAAACAAAAAUGAUUAGUCCUACACGAUGCCAACCCCUGGAAGAUUUCCCUCUUUAUUACCCAUUUGGAAGCACUCGAGUUCGAAACGUUCUGAAAUAUUUCAAAGAUCAAAGCUCUGGUGAGAAGACUAAUAGUAAAACUACUCAGGUUCUCUUUCUUGGAUCUGGGGACAUGAGGGAAACUCUUCAGGCAACAACAGCUGAGCAUGUCCACAAUUUUCACUUCCAUCUUAAUGAUAAUUGUCCAUCAAUUGUGGCUCGCAACAUCAUGAUCUUGAAAAUUCUGUCAGCUCAAGGUUUUGAUCCCAAUAAGGAAGAAGAUUUCAGCUUUCUGUGGGAUGUUUGGUAUAAUACCGAGUGGUCAGAGAUCACUAGAAAACGAUUUCUCAUUGUUUUAAAUGAUCUGUUGGAUGAGAAGUUACCAGAAAAUGUUAUUGUUCCUGAUCCAAACCAUUACAAAAGUCUGAAGAAAAUAUGGAAAGUUUGGCACACUAUUUCUUCAAGAAGCCAAUCAGAUUCUGAAACGCUGUUGUGUGAAGCCAAGAAAAAGAGAUCUGAACUUCUUGUGACAUCACACGAAUUUACCGUUAACCCCCCUCGCAAUUCAGAUGAAAAAAUAACCCAUGCCAAAGCUUAUUCAAGAGCAGUAAACGAGAUCACCCAGUAUUUAAUGAAGAGAAAUGCGAUUGGAGACCUGGAAGACUCUGUGGGGCGGAUAAUUGAGCAGGAAUUUCAAGCGUUUUACAAAAGAGGCAACUGCCGAUUCAAAAAUGAAUUGAAAACGGUGUGUAUUAAUCCGACGUUUCUAAAUCCUGACACCGAGCAAUGGCAAGUCCACUACUCAUCGUGCCCUUUCCUUGGCUAUCUUCCAUUAUCGCAAGAAGAACUAAUAACGUCAGUCAAAGACAAAAUUCUUCUACCCACCUGCCAGAAAAUUCUGAAAAACACACUGGCUUCCUACCGAAGUCGUAUUGCAGACAUCCAAGUAUUUUUCCACUUAGAAGAUGCCCUGGAAUUUUGUUUCACGGACGCAAACAAGUUUGACGUCAUCGACUGUUCUAACCUCGUGGAUCGUGUCGGACUUGCUAAUCUCCUCAACGCUGCAAGUGGAAAAUUGUCGAAUAAUCCGGGAGCCAUUUUGUUUACUGUAAGUAGGGGUUGGACCGAAUUCGCUCCUACUGUAGAGAUGUACGUCGAGCAUGUUCUUUGCUGCCCUUUGAGGAUGAUCCCCACAAUUUAUGGAUUCAAACUGAAUGAGCACGUGGAACUUGGAUCUCGGUGUCCCCCCAGUUUGCAUUUUGCCAUCCCGGCUAACCUUUCCUGGCAGAAAGCAAUUCCUUUUCAGAACAUUGUUAUGUCUCCUUCCUCCUCUUUAACGGAUUUUUUGAACAAGCUGGCCCAGAAAUGUUUUGUUGGUGAGCGCUUUCCAAACCCCAGUCAGGUUUUAAGUUACCAAUUGGCAGUGUCAGAGAGGCAUCAUUUCUCUCCGCUAACAUUUCACUACAUCGUCAGCUCCAUGAGGCAGCGCCUUGGAGGAGAUCACUGGAUUAAAUAUGCUCUCCUAUCGGAAAUUUCUCCCCUUUUCAACAUGACAAGACGUACAUCGGAGGCCUGGGAAAAGGGCCUGGGAAUUUUGAAGAUGACAGCAGAAAUACCCAUCAACUCUAUUAAUAGAGAUGCAUUAAAGGUUUUAAUUCCGCAAUUGGGUUUAGCCACUUUUCGCUUGGCUCUUAUGCCAUGUAGUCCUUCUACAAGCCAUUUUAUUCACGGAAUCACUCGCAAGUAUACAAACAUCACUUUUUCCGGUACUAUUGGAUCUUACAUCAUCGACAAUUUCUCACUAGAAAUUAACGAAAAAAGCGAGAAAAUUGUCGCUACCUUUUUAAUUGCGUCUGAUCACAACCUUCCUGAAGUGUACAGUGGAUACGUGAUUGAAAGUGUGAAUCAUUGUCCUGUGCUCAGUUUCGGUUCUCUGAAAUCCAUGCUCACUGAAACGUUUCAUCUUCCUUACCCGUUUUCUCGUCCAGUACCUUCCCCUGUGUUUGUUCCCAGUCCUGGUGUAUCGUUCAUGAAAGUCGCCAGCUGUACCGAGUGCGAGCAUCAAUUUAAACUGAAGAUAAUCUUCAAUUGCAACGAAACUGUUACAGGACUAACGCUUUCCACCGAUCAAUUACUACCGUGCAAGUCUGCACAUCAAGUUACUCUAUCUCUAAACCAGCCUUCCAAAUCGAAUUCUUUGACUUUGUCAUUUCCUUAUCCUAUUCUUGUCCCUGGACUCAGCGUUACUCUUCAUCUUAAAGACCGUUUUAUUGACCUUAUAUUGAAGAAAGGAUGGUGGGAGCCGUGGCCGGUUGAGUUCCAAUCGAACGAAGAAUGGAAAUGGAAUGUUGAUUCUUUGAAACCUUGGAAAAAUUAUGUGAGCCGUUCCAUUCCGGGAGUUGACUGCACCACGUUGAAUUUCCAUCUCCAAUCGCAAUUUAUCUUGGAUUUUAAAUUGAAUGAUCCAAGACCAAGAGAUGUAUCUCCAGUCAUAGAACCUUCCCACUGGAAUUUAAGGGCUGAGCAAUUGAACGAGAGAGAAGCUUUGCAAUCUCUCCGGCAAAGGUUGAAAUCGCUACUUUUUGACCCAGCUACAGAGGAUCGCGAAUGUUUUGGCAUUCAAACAAUUGAUGAAUCGUCAACUACGGAUUGGCGCAUCUUGGUUUUAAUCCACAAGCCCCUUCUCAUAUCUCCUCUGGGCAGUCCGAUUCGAUUGUUGACUGUGAUUGACAAACAGAUGGCUAAUGUCCUUAUGGAACAGAAAAUGUUAAAUGAGGAGACAUACGCGAAGGGAUACAAUGGAAUUAUCGGCUGUAUUACAGGAAAAACGGUCGAAAUGAUCUCUGUUGAACCCUACGAAUUGCUGCUAUGGAACUUGAUUUUGAGACUCAACUCGACUAAAAUCGUGCCCGGUUCAGAGCAAACAAGACUCCUUCCUUCGGGAAUGAACAGCUUUUGGUUGUUUGCUACCUUCAUGUCUCCGCUUUACGCCUAUGCUCCUGCUCAUCCAAAUAGUAUCCGCGCGGUGUUGUCUACACUUGCCGACGAAAAUCGCUGUGGAGCUUGCAAGAAAGACCCCCAAAUUCCGAAGCGUUGCAGUCGCUGCCGUUCCAUCGUUUAUUGCAGUGUCGAGUGUCAGCGCAGUAAUUGGCCGCAACACAAACUGCUGUGUAAGCGCAAGUAGUAAAAACAAACCAGCACAUCCCAAGUCCGUUCUUGUUCAAUUUUUCAUUGUUAAUUUUGCGGUAAAUUUAAUUUUUCGUACCGCAAUCUUAUUGGAACGUUGAUAAGCAAGUGUUUGAUUGUCGCUGACUGUUUUUUCAUGGAAAUUGGUAUAACUUGUUGAAUUCAGAAUAAAAUCUUCAUUCAGAAAAA